CCCAGCGAAUAAUGGGGUUGAAGGUGCUCUGCUGCAUGGUUACUCUCUGCAUAUUCCUUCGUCAAGGUUCCACUGAACGACCCACUGCUUGUUCAGACCACAAGUCACCACUCGACAUCUUCUCUGACACUCUAGUGAAACGUCUGUUGGAGCUCUUCAGUGUCACUACAGACAUUGAGGACACUGAGGACACUGAAGGCACUGAGGACAGGGUCAGUGUACCAGACGGGCAGAAGUGCCCUGCGGGAACCUUUUACAAUGCUAUUUCUAAAGAAUGUGAACCGUGUUCACCUGGCUCCUUCAGCAAAGCAAAUGCAAACGUAUGCACUCCAUGUCCUGAAGGAACUUACAAUAACAGAAAAGGACUAAGGCGCUGUUUUCCUUGCGAGGCUGGAACAUUCGCAAACAAGACAGGAUCAAGGGUAUGUGUGGAAUGUGCCCCUGGAACAUUCACUGACGCAACUAAAUCCGCCAGCUGCACCCCAUGCAGAGCCGGGCAGUACAGUGGUCCAGGAGCAACUACAUGCACUGCAAGUGGUCCAGACACACAUCCUGAUGAACCAAAACAGCAAUGUAUAACUGAUCCUAUUUGUUACCCGGGAGAGUACAGGGACGUUGACGGUAGCUGUGCUGGUUGUCCCGCUGGAUCUUUCAGCACUGAAGUUAACUCCACAACCUGUACCCCCUGUCCAGUAGGUCACUACAACUCCCGGACUAACCAGACAUCCUGUCUGGAGUGUUCACCUGGCACCUUCUCAGAUACCCCAGGUUCGGAGAUCUGUGAGGGCUGCAGAGCAGGACAAUACAAUGCAGACACUGCUUCAGAUAGCUGUUCCAACUGCAUUGCAGGAACCUACUCCACUGAGAACGCUUCCUCGUGUGUACCAUGUCCUGGAGGAACAUUCAGCCCUGUCAGCGGUUCUGAGAUAUGUACUGAUUGUGAUGCUGGGAGUUUUUCACGUAACGGUUCCACGACUUGUACCGUGUGUGUACCAGGAACUUUCUCUGGAAGACCAGGCUCGACUUCUUGUGAACCAUGUGCAGCAGGUUCAUCGCAGGACAAACCAGGACAAACACUUUGUUCGUUGUGUUCCCCCGGGACUUCAACCAAAGGUUGGACAGCGCGAAGUCACUGUUUCUCUUGUAGUCCUGGACAGUUUGCAAGUGGUAUGGGGUGGGCAAGCUGUGGAUACUGUCCCCCUGGUUCCUCCACCAACAAACUCUCCGGGUCUAUCUCCUGCUCUCUCUGUAUCCCUGGUUAUUUUAGCAGUGUAGCCGGCUCACCGGGGUGUCAAGGUUGUCCUGUGGGUCAGUUUAACGAUAGGCGGGGAUCAGCUAGUUGUGCCACGUGUAACGCUGGCUCCUCUACUGGGUCUUCUCAGGGUUCAACUAACUGUACGCUGUGUCCAGCUGGACACUUUGCAGAAAGUGAGGGCUCCCCUUUGUGUGAACAGUGUAAACCAGGCUCAUACCAGGACCAGACAGGACAGACUGGGUGUAAUCUCUGUGGGAGGGGUACUUAUCAGGAAAAGAGGGGAGGUGUACAGUGCACUUUCUGUGCUAACAACAGAACCUACACCACCUACUCAACUGGCUCAACUUCUGGGGACGAUUGCAAGGGUCCAUUGCUUAAUUAUACUGUGGCUGGAAAAUUAAAUCAGUUGAGAGACGUGAGUAAUGUCACAGUAUGGCACUCAUCAACCAUCUUGCUGUCGGCAGUCAGUGGGGAUUGGGUUGUCAGGAAUCCAGAACAUCCUUAUACUAAAUUCCUCAUCAUAAAGCAGGGAGAAAUGAAGUUUAGUCCAGAAGGCAUUAAAGAGGUGAUAUUAGAACCGAUGAUGACGAACAUAUUCUGCUACAAAGAUACUGAGGGUCAUGGAGUCUACUUCAGUGGUUACCAGAACAAGGACGUUAAAGGAAGAGAGUGUGAGGGACCGUGUCGUAACACUGAAGGACUGGAAAUAGGACCACAUUGUCAGGUUAACAACGAGACCUCCCCCUGUGGACUACCCCGGUGUGUUUGGGACGUUCAGUGCUCCGCUGGAGAUGGAACCGGUUAUAGAGGUUUGGUAAACUCUGCUAAGGUAGAGGGUAAUAAUACCAUCCCAUGUCAAGCCUGGAACAAAGACUACCCCCACGUCCACACAUACUACCAUCCUACUUCAUACAACACAGCAACAUAUGGGCUAGGAAAACACAGCUUCUGCAGGAACCCGGACCCAGGGAAGAGUGUGGAACCCUGGUGUUACACUACCGACUACUGGAUCAGAUACGGUCCUUGUUUCUUGCCUGCUUGUGACACCACCUUCCAGUACUUCCAACUCUAGGAAUGUGUGCUCUUGCUGAGAGUUGGGACACUGGCUGUUCAACUGUUCAACAACUACUGUAUCAUGUAAAUAAUUAACAUUGUAUCAGAUAAGGUGCAUCUAAUGCACUUACCUUAUCAGACAUCAUUGGGCAGACAUAACGUGGAACUGAGCCCUUAUAUCUGAUAAGGUAGCUACUGUCUUAAUGGAUUUGAUGCUGACAGAAGAAAUAGUCUAUCUAAAUUGUAAUGGAACUAUUUUUCAUUGUAUAAUUUGCGAUUUUGUGACAUGAUCUGUUCAUUUAAUCAUAAAUUAAUAUUUUUUAAAGGUUAAAUACGUUGGUAACCAAGAAGCUGACUUGAUAUUAGUAGCAGUAGCAAAUGAGUGGUCUGUAAGUGUGAUAUCACCCGGACACUAUCACUUCCUGUGUCGGAUGUUAAAGCACCGUGCCACUGUAACAUUACCAGCAGGUGAUAACUACUAACUAGCCCUGUGACGUGAUUGCAAGAUAUGGCGUUUCGAUAAAGUCCGGGGAAGCAGACAGCGUUUUGCUGCCGUUUUUGUUUGGUACUUGACAAGAAAAUUGUGAUGUUGUUUAUUGUUCGUGUAAAAAGUUGUUG